AUGCCUUGCCAAAGCUUCGAUUAUUCCUCUAUUGGUUUCAACAAUAAUUCUGGAGAGAUAUAUGGAGAUCGUCGAAAGAAAGUAGCUAUUGUCGGAGGUGGAAAUUGGGGAUCCGCAAUUGCUUGUGUUGUUGGAAAGACUGUCAAAGCUCAGAGUGAUGUUUUCCAUCCAACUGUGAACAUGUGGUGUAGAGAUUCUAGAAAGCCAGGAGACACUUCGUCAUCAAUUGCGGACAUCAUCAAUUACACUCACGAAAACCAAAAAUAUCUUCCAGGACGUCGUAUUCCUGAAAAUGUCAUUGCCACGUCAUCUCUCCGUGACGCCUGUGAAUCUGCUCAUAUUCUGAUUCUAGUUGUUCCUCAUCAAGGAAUUCCACAAAUCUGCUCUGAACUUCGUGGAAAACUUCAAGAAGGAGCCCAUGCUGUGUCUCUCACUAAAGGGAUUUCAUCUACGUCAGAAAACGAUGUCAUCAAAAUGCAAUUGAUUUCCGAAGAUAUUGAAAAAGCUCUUGGAAUCGAGUGCAGUGUACUGAUGGGAGCAAAUCUGGCCGGAGAGGUUGCUGAUGGAAAGUUUUGUGAAGCGACGAUUGGAUGCAAAAGUCUGGAGAAUGGAGAAGAACUGAAAAUGUUGUUUGAUACUCCAAACUUCAGAAUUCGAGUGACAACUGACUAUGAAGCCGUCGAACUCUGUGGGGCUCUUAAGAACAUUGUCGCAUGUGCUGCUGGAUUCGCAGACGGUCUCGGUUGGGCAUACAACGUGAAAUCUGCAAUUAUCCGAUUGGGUCUAUUGGAAACGAAGAAGUUUGUGGAACACUUUUAUCCGUCUUCCGUCGGCCACACUUAUUUCGAAUCCUGUGGAGUGGCUGAUCUUAUCACUACUUGCUAUGGCGGCAGAAAUAGAAAAGUGGCAGAGGCCUUCAUUAAAAGUGAUAAGCUUCUUCAAGUUGUCGAACAAGAAUUGCUCAAAGGACAGAGUGCCCAAGGACCACCAACCGCACAGGAUGUUUUUGAAAUGCUGGAAAUCCAUAAACUCACCGAGAAGUUCCCAAUUUUCACUUCCGUUCACAAGGUUUUUGUUGGAGAGCACGGGGAGACAGAGCUGUACGACUCAUUGAGAAACCACCCGGAGUACGAUUAA